CAAAUACUCAGUUCUGAGUAAGUAAACUCUCGUACAUUAGGAAAUCACACGGAAAAUAUAGCAUCGCGCGCGUCGGCCGGCCACUCGUACAUAAAUAUAUUUAAAUUAUUCUUAAUUACACGAAUCAAAAUACGCACAAUGUCAGAUCCACAACGAAGCUUUGCCAUGUGCGCCGUGUUUGGUGUGUCGGGCCUGUUCUGCGGCGCUUUUGUCCAGCACGAGGUGUCGCUGAUGCAUCUAUUCGAUGCAAUAAAGCGGGAUCCCUAUGUGUACCUUCAUCGGCACAGGUUUUAUUCCAUUUUCUCCACCUUCAGCACAGAUCACGAGGGCAGGUUGUGGAAUCGCGCCACUGGGCUGAAGGACAAGCUCUGCCAGGAGCUGGGGCCACGGCUGUACAACGCUCUACUGGGGAAGCCACUGGAAGUCGAAGAGAAUGCCAGUUCGGUGGCGAAUAUGCUGGAUCUCAUCAAGUACGGACUACCCAGCGCAGAGGGUUUGCUGGUGCACAGACACUGCAUUAUGUCGCAGAGCAAAGAGAUGAGCAGCGCCAAGUGGAUAAUCGAGCAUUUUCGCUGGACAGACAGAGGAGAGGCAGAGGCAGAGGAGUCUGGCAAUGGCAGUGACUUGCAACGCUACAAGGAUGUGUUUCUGCUGGGCAAUGACGAUGGCUCCGCGGCCAUGGGCAAGGUGUUCAAGCGGCGCAUCUGGCACGAGCUGGAGCAGUAUGUGGCAGCAAAGACGCGGGAGUGCGGUUCGGUUUACACCUACACGGGUCCCAUCUACAUGCCCAUGGGCGAUGGCCAAAUGUGGUGGCUGGAGUGCAAGAAGUUGGACACCACAGCCCCGCCCAUUCCGACGCACUACUUCAAGGUGCUGAUAAUGGAGUCACAGCUGUCUGAGACUGAGACUGAAACUGAAACUGAAACUGAGAACCGGCCCACCCUAGAGGCGUACAUCAUUAAGAACGGUGGCAGAGGUGCUGGCAGCUUUCGCAAUCAUCGUCACCGCAUCGAAGACAUUGAACGCUACACAGGCCUCUCCUUCAGCAAGGAUCUGCAGCCGGCUGUGCUCCAUGAUGAGAGCAAUGGCACAAUCCACAUUGAUUUGGCUGGCAUAAAUGAUGUUCCAAGUUUAGCUGCAGGUUAAUAAAGAAUUCAGUUGCAGCUGCCGUU